CGCCGCCGGGUGUUAUUCCGUCCCGCCCGCGCGGCGGUCGGUGCUCUGUCACCGCCCGCUGUGGCCAUGGCCCCAGCCCGUGGCUUGUAAAUUGGCGACCAGAGUUCCCGACGCGGCACUGGUCCUGAUGGCGGCAGCGGCGGCCUUGGCAGCGGCCGACCCCCCUCCCGCGAUGCCGCAGGCGGCAGGAGCCGGAGGGCCCACCGCCCGUCGGGACUUCUACUGGCUGCGCUCCUUUCUGGCUGGAGGUAUUGCCGGAUGCUGUGCCAAAACAACAGUUGCUCCUUUGGAUCGAGUAAAGGUUUUAUUACAAGCUCACAAUCACCAUUACAAACAUUUAGGAGUAUUUUCUGCAUUGCGUGCUGUUCCCCAGAAGGAGGGAUACCUUGGAUUAUAUAAAGGGAAUGGUGCAAUGAUGAUUCGAAUCUUUCCCUAUGGUGCAAUCCAGUUUAUGGCAUUUGAGCAUUAUAAAACGUUAAUUACUACAAAGCUGGGAGUUUCCGGUCAUGUGCACAGAUUAAUGGCUGGAUCCAUGGCAGGUAUGACAGCAGUUAUCUGUACUUACCCUCUUGACAUGGUGAGAGUACGCCUAGCAUUCCAGGUGAAAGGGGAACACACUUAUACAGGAAUUAUUCAUGCAUUCAAAACAAUUUAUGCAAAGGAAGGUGGUUUCCUUGGAUUUUACAGAGGCCUGAUGCCCACUAUAUUAGGAAUGGCUCCAUAUGCAGGUAUUUUCAAAUUUGGAAUCUACCCAUUUGAUGUAACUCGUCGGCGAAUGCAGUUAGGAACUGUUCUCCCAGAAUAUGAAAAGUGCCUUACCAUGUGGGAGACUAUGAAGUAUGUCUAUGGACACCACGGAAUUCGAAGAGGAUUGUAUCGUGGUUUAUCUCUUAAUUACAUUCGCUGUGUUCCCUCUCAAGCAGUGGCUUUUACAACAUACGAACUUAUGAAGCAGUUUUUUCACCUCAACUAAAGAAAAUCAUGAUUUCUUUUGCUUAAUAAUAUCUCAGAGGGAGAAAUAAAAUGUUACUUUAAUUUUGGGAGGAACAUUACUUGAAGGGAAUAUUUGCCUUGUCACAGGAACCGCUGGUUUUUUAGUACUUGAUUUUUUUUUUAUUCAUCACAAAUCAAAAGUGCUUACUUGUGCUUUUUGAUGCCAAAAGUUAUACCUUAGAACAUUGAAAAAAAAUCCUAAGCUGAUGCUGGCUAAUCAGUUAGGUUAUUUGAAACUGUUUUAAAGUGUUAUUUGGAAGUAGAACUAACUUAAAAUGGGAUUCAGGAGGUUGCCAUUAGCUUUAUCAUGCUUUAAUUCCAAGCUUUAAUUAUAAUCAUGAUUUUCAAAGACUCUAACAUUGGUUAUAGGCUUGGUUAUAUUGCAGCAGAAUGAUGAAAACUGAAUUUUUAAGUUAUAUAAAACAUAGCUUGGGGGGGUGCACCUGGCUAGCCCACCCAGAAGAGCAUGCUCUUAAUCUUGGGGUCAUAAGUUCAAGCCCCACUUUGGAUAUAGACAUUACUAAAAAUUAAAAAAUUAAAAAAAAACCUUAAAAACACGUAGGUUAGGUGCCAGCAUUGAAGAUUAUUCUUAUUAUCUCUCUUCUCAUAAUUCUGCUCCACUGCAUAAAAGGACUGACACUUUUUCUUUUUGUUUUUAAAUAAAAUAAAUGUUGUAUUUAAAAAUUAGCCUUGUAGAAACUCAACAAUAAAUGAAUUUUCAGGUAUUGCUCAUAUGUUAUUACUAGGUACUAGGUACUAUCACUGACUUAAAUUUGUUUUUAAAAGUCAAUGUAUUUCCCAAAGGCAGUAAUAAUAAAUACUGAAUAUCUUUGCUCUCAAAACAGUUAGCAUUAUAGAUUUGUUUUUGUUAGGUGAUUUGGUAUACACUAGAAAAUUUAUUUAAGUGGACUGUGAAAUAUCCAUUAAUAUAGAUGUGAAUGUCAAAGAAUGUUUUGAAGGUAUUUUGUCAUGAUACAUCAACUAGUUCUUCCAUGUAAAAUAAUUUUAGUGCAAUAUAACCUUUAGAAACGUAAGACACGAUUUAAUUGCUAUUCUUUAUAUUAAAAUGGUUUAAAAUAUAAGAAGUCCAUUUAUUGUGUUUAGAAUACUUUUUAUCUUUUAUUGUAAGCAUGACAGAAAUGGGAAGGGAACAAUUAUAGUUCUGUCCUCAGAAAUAGUGAUUUGUAGAAUUGAUGUGAUUCUUCUUGAUCAAUGCAAACUAUUUUAAUUGUUCUAACUUUAUAAUUUUUUUUAUUGAGGUAAAAUUGACAUAUAACAAUAUAUUAGUUUCAGGUGCACAAUGUAAUGAUUCAAUAUUUGUAUUUACUGCAAAAUAAUCACCAUAAUAAGUCUAGUUACCAUCUAAUUGAUGUAUUAGAAAACUAAGCUGAAGGUGUUAUUUCUGCUUCAAUUUUAAUUUUGUUUGCAUAAAAGAUUUUUUGUUAUACCUUGGUAAAAAUUAGAUGAACUGGUUUCAUUUUCAAAGUCUUUAUUUUAAAAUAAAUAUGUAUCUUUGUAUGAUUUGUAAGUGUACCCACAGGUAGAAAUACAUGUGUUCUUAAAACUAUUUUGUAUAUCUUCAUUUCUGGGCUACAUUGUAGCUAAAUAUUGUUAUCAAAUCUCAAGAUAAUUUAAAUGUAUGAAAUAAGUAUCUCAGUUAUGUUAUCAAUAAAAGAGGACUGCAAAUAUUUUUUUAAAUAAAAAUUUGCAUUCUAUGUCUGUUAUAGAAUACAUAGGAUAUUAAAAAUAAAUUUUAUUCAUAUUUUGGCCAUUA